AUGAAGAAGAAGGGGUUGGCUCCAGGAGGGAUAUCGUGGAAGCUACAUGUAAUUGUGGUGUCCCUUACUCUCACCAUUGUUGUGUGUAUGUUGCCUUUUCUUAGCCUACACAGAUUUUCACCAUCACAUUACUCCCAAAUUCCUUCUUCUCGUAGAUCUCUCCAUUCUAAUUGGGAUUCUAUUACCCUCCAUGAAGGGCAACCCAAUCCCAAAGUUGCUUUUCUCUUUCUAGCUCGUCGUCAUUUGCCUCUCGAUUUUGUUUGGAAAUGUUUCUUCCAGAAUGCUGACACUGCUAAUUAUUCAAUAUAUAUACAUUCAGAGCCUGGUUUUGUGUUUAAUGAGUCUACAACAAGGUCACGUUUCUUUCAUGAUCGCCAAUUGAAAAAUAGCAUCAAGGUAGGUUGGGGAGAAGCAAGUAUGAUUGGAGCAGAGAGAUUGUUACUUAAGGAAGCUCUUAAGGAUUCAGCCAAUACAAGAUUCGUUCUCUUGUCAGAAAGCUGCAUCCCGUUGUACAACUUUAGCUAUAUAUACACCUAUUUGACGGCUUCCCCUAGGAGUUUUGUAGACAGCUUUCUUGAUAAAAAAGAACGGCGGUACAACCCAAACAUGGCACUAUAUAUACCAAUGAGCAAAUGGCGGAAGGGAUCACAGUGGAUCACGUUAAUCAGGAAGCACGCAGAAGUUGUUGCUGAUGAUGAUGUUGUCUUUCCUGUUUUCAAGAUGUUCUGCAAGAAAAGAUACAACUGCAUUCCAGAUGAACACUACGUGCAGACAUUAUUGGCAAUGCAUGAUAGUGACGGAGAACUGGAACGUAGAACAAUAACCUAUACAGAGUGGAACCAAUCCGCGUCAAAUAUGGACAAAAAUAGUUGGCAUCCUAUGACAUUUAGCUAUGCAGAUGCAGGGCCUGACAAGAUCAAGAGAAUAAAGGAUAUUGACAACGUUUACUACGACACUGAGUACAGAACAGAGUGGUGCCAUAAUAAUUCUACACUGGUUCCAUGUUUUUUGUUUGCAAGGAAGUUCUCACGAGGAGCUGCAAUGCAUCUACUGAGUGGAGGAGUAAUUUCUCAGUUUGAUGCCUCUGCUCUAAUGGACCCAACGCCAUGAUUUUCAUCGUUGCUUUUGUUACUAAUGCUUCAUGUUUACGUCUCUCGUGAAGCAAUUUUGCUUUGUAGGUCAAAAGAUCUUUACAGCCCUUGAGAUCUUAGUGGUCGUUUGGUUGCUAGUUAAGAAGUAAAUUAUUCAUGUAUUAAAACUAGCAUAACUAGUACCAUGCAUGCUUGGUAGCAUUUUAAUUUCUAUGUAUAAAAUGCAGCACACCAAGUACACUGUUUAGUUAAUAUUUUACAAUGUGUCGUAACUAUCACAUGUAUAAGUUACGAGAG